AACUAAAGGGAUAAUGAGCUUUCCGAACCCAGCCAAAGCCGUUAAGUUAGUAUUAUUGGGAGAAGCGGCCGUGGGAAAGUCGUCGCUUGUGUUACGAUUUGUAUCCAAUGAUUUCCAAGAAAACAAGGAGCCCACCAUUGGUGCCGCAUUCCUCACCCAGAAAUGCACCAUAGGAGACAAGACCAUCAAGUACGAAAUAUGGGAUACCGCCGGCCAGGAGCGGUUUGCCUCGUUGGCUCCCAUGUACUACCGGAACGCCCAGGCCGCGUUGGUGGUGUACGACAUCACCAAGCCCGCAUCGUUUUUGAAGGCCCGUCACUGGGUCAAGGAGUUACACGAGCAAGCCUCAAAGGACAUAACCAUUGCAUUAGUUGGAAACAAAUACGAUUUAGUGGAAGAUGAAAAUGACGGGGACACCUUGAGAAAGGUGUCGGUGGAAGAGGGCCAGAAGUUGGCCGAGGACGAAGGCUUGUUGUUUUUUGAGACCAGUGCUAAAACCUCAUAUAAUGUGAACGAGGUGUUUGUGGGAAUUGGAACCAAGAUCCCCGAGUCGUCGGCUCCUACGGGGGUACAGCAAGCGGGUAAUGAGGCGGGUAGAAUUGACUUGACUACCGGGGCUGCUUCUACCACUCAACAGACUUCUGGAUGUUGCUAGUAUCGAAUUUAUAUAGGUGAUAAGAUGAUAGGAUUUUAUUGUGUAUGACUGUAUUGCGGUAUCUACGGUGGUAUCGAAGUAACUGAGGAAAUAUCAAUUUUGUCUACCGAAUAGCAAAGCACAAGAAAGUAU